AUGAGGACCAGAGAGUGGCCACUUACCGUUGCCUUCAUCUACGACCGCAAGGUGGAACACAUUGCGCACGCUGAAUCACCAGACGAAUAUUCCGACUUGGCAGACGAUGUUACCAUUGGGGGGAUCACCGAGGCACUUGAAAGACUGGGGCAUCGUGUCGUUCAUGCGCCUGGGCUCAAGGCUCUGAUCAAGGACAUCGCAGCAAACAAGCACAAGAAUUGGGAUGUAGUCUUUAACUACAGCAAGGGAUCACACGGCACAGCUCGGGAGUCACAGGUGCCUGCGAUACUUGAGGAGUACCAGAUUCCCUUUACAUUCUCAGAUGCUGAAAUACGAACAAGUCCAUAUGUUGUGGUACCCAAAUUUGAUGAUGAUCCUUUGGACUACAGCGAACUCAAGAAACUCUCCUAUCCUCUCUUCGUCAAGCCUACCUCCUGUCCACAAUGCAACGGCAUCACCUGUGCCAAUAAGAUCCUUAAACCGAAAGAUCUGGAACACGAGGUCGAUCAGCUCCGGUCGCAGUUCAAAGACCAGGAGAUACUAAUAGAGAAUUUUCUUGGUGGGCGUGAGUUCACACUCGCCAUUGCCGGAACGGGCGAAGAUGCCCAUGUGGUUGGCAUAGCAGAACUUAUAUGGAAUCCCCAUACGUUGCGGGCGAAGGACAUGAUUCCCGUCGACUUUUCUAUCGCACUCGCUAGAAUGGCGAGGUCCGUGAGCAAGGGAUUUUCUCUUGAGGACGUGCCCUUAAGUGAUCCUCUAUGGGAUGAACUUGCCGAUCUUAGUCUCAAGGCCUAUACAGCCCUAGGAUGUCGAGACGGUGGCCGUGUUGAUAUCCGACUCACUUCAGAGGAACAGGGAUCGGCUCCUUGCGUUAUAGAGGUACCAUCAAGUUGUCAGGCGGUUUCUUUACUCUCUACUGAUGCUAUUCAGGUCGAUCCCAUCUUUGGAAUGCGUCCCGACCGCUCUCGAUACGCUUUCAUCGCGAAAAGUAACGGUGUUGAAUACCCCGAGAUGAUUCAAGACUUUCUUGACAUUGCUAUUCAGACGUAUGAGCAAGCGGAACGUAACUUGAGAAUCUGA